AGCGUGACAGCUGGAAGCAGGAGUUGGGUACCUACUGACCCCAGCAAAAGAAGCCGGACCCCGGCUGUGCCCUAGGCAAGGCAGCGGGUGAGUGAGCCUGGGUCCCCCAGACCACGGUCGAAGGAUGCGGUUGCUGCGGGAGACGGGAUGCAGGAGGUGGAAGGGGCGGAGUGGGGAAGCAGCUAGGCGGAAAGUUUCCCGGCUUCAUCUCGUCCUCUGUACUGACCUAAUUCCUCAGCUCCCCUUCCUCAAUCCCAGCACCAUUCUCCCAGCCCAUCUGGCCAUCCCCGCUUCUUCUUUUUAACGCAUCUACUUGGGUCCAUCCAACGAUCUGCACUAUUCCCCCAUCCUGGUUCCUGCUCCAGGGACAAAAACCUCAGGGAUUCCCUGGUGCCCAGCCCACCUUCCCUAGCAUCUCACUCCCCACCUAGGAUGGAGGAUAUAAGCAAGCCAGGAGUUCUGCAGACCACCUUUCCCAGCUCUCUAAAGUCAAAUCCAGUCCAAGCAAUAAUUGAUUCUGGCACAAAAGGAAAAAUGCUAUGCUUGUGGUAUUUGGAGUGAUUUUUAAAGCUGCCCUUCUUUUGUCACCAUGGUACAUGCUACAUCUAGGACUGGGCAAACAAAGAGAGAAACAACUCCUUGGGUCAUCCCUGGAGUGUUCCUCUCCUAAAUUGCAGAGGCAGGUGAGGUGGGGCUGGAAGCCAGGGCUUAAGGUGAUCCACCAUAGCCAGGAAGGUUGAUGAGGGAACCCUGGGACUCGACUAACUGGGGGCACAGACUUCCAUCCCCGUGCACAUUCAAUGCAGCCAAGCAGGCCGUGCCAUUUUUAAGGGUUAGUUUGACUCCCCAUGCCUGCCUGCCUCCAACCAGCCAGUAGCCAUCAACACAUUGCUUCCUAGUUUUGUUCCAAGUGCUUUGGAAUUAACUGAACAGCCUCAAUAUGUACUGAAGUGCAUGGUGUGCCAACUGGCAGCAGGUUUAGCUCUACUGUGUUACUUCACUGUGCUGUCACUUAUGUUUUGAUUCAAGGAAUGGCGAGGUUGAAGUGCUCUUGCUCUGUUCCCAACCUUAAAAGCCUCUAAAAUGGCAGCAAAGAAGGAAAGCUCUUUGAGGGUGACCACAGGAAAGGGGAGCACAUCUCAGGAAGAAAGCACCUGCCCAGGUGCAUCUCCAGGUGGGGCUGGGAGAGACUUCUUGCCUAAAACUGUAGGAGAUACUGCCAGUCAGUGUAGAGGAGCCAACAGUCUGACUCCACUGCUCACUGCAACUCUUGAGAGCCUGGACAGAGACUCUGAAGCAGUGCAGAAACUCCAAGUGGAGGACAAAGUUUCGCUGGGAGAAGCCACCCUCCUCCAUAGGACUCUUUUGUCCUGCCCCAGCUUCCCAAGGAGAACGUGCAUUGGAUGAGAGCAGGUCCCACGUCCAGCCCCCUAAGGUAUCUUCUAGACAGAAGCAGAAGUCUUGGAGACACUGGGCAGAUGGGAACCACCCAUUCAUCUGCACCUUCUCUGCUUUUCAGUGUCAUCCUGUAAUCACCCUGCACAGGUUGCGACAGAAUAGAAAAAGGAAUUCCACAUGGGGAAGGCACAGCUCAGAGUAUGAAGGGCAAAGGCUGUCCUUUGCUAAAGGGCAGUCCUUCCCCAGAGCUUCUGGGAUGGGGGGGGGGAGCAAUCUCAUCAGAAAAAAGGAGAGAAACUAGCCAUGCUUUCCCUUGAGCAGGCAAGAACUGCAGCCUCACCGGGUAAACAAAACAGAGGCAAAAGAGAAAGAGAAGUUAGAGGAGCUCUUUGUUGCACCCAGCUGUGGUGGUUCUUCUGGGCAGUCUCCCUUUGACCCCUGUUUAGGAUUCAGUGGAUAUGGUCAUUCAAUAAUUGUCCACUGAUUCAUUCAUAUCCCCCCCCAUGUCCCCAUUUCCUCUUCUUAAUGCAACUGAGCUCAUUUAUGAAUUAUUAUUUUUUGCCUGGAUGCCCUCGUCUAGGUUAAUUUUGGAGAUUUUGGUCAUGUCCCAUAAGAAAAGAAGCUCAGCACAUAACAGAUAAAUUAGAAAGAUUCCCAGCCGAGAAGGGGGCUUCAAAUCAAAGAGCAAAGAAGAAAAGUUGAGGGAACUGGGCAGUUUUUACAUUGGGAUGAGGAAUGCUUCUGUGAAGAAAUUACUAGCUCUGUGAGAUGUGCACUGUGAUGGGGCCCAGGACUCUCUGAGGCCACCUAGGGGUCAGUGAGAGGGAGCAGGCUUGGAGACCAAAUCAAAUGCAAGAACAAAACAACAACUUUCCUGCUACCAAAAAUCGGUCCCAGUUGCUGGAGGAGCAUUGGAUACACAUUCAUCCAGAAAGGUUUAGGAUAAAAUUAUCUCUACUUGAUGCAGUGGCAAAUCUCUCAAGGUGCCCUCAAAGGCCACAGUUCUCCCUGCACAAAGUAGCAACUGAGUCCCUUGAUCAGCUGCUGACACUGCUUGCUGGCUGUACUGUGUUAUUUCCAUCUGUUCAUAAUAAUACUUGUUAUUUGCCUUUCCUAUCCAUGGACUCAAGAGAAGCAAACAGGUUUUUUAAACAAGCAACAAGCAACAACAACAACAACAACAAAAGAUCACAGUAAAAACUACACCAAAAAUAAGAUACUUUUUUAAAAAAGCCAACUGGCACUAAUAAACCAACCAGCCCUGGAAAAAAAAGCCUUCAAUAUAUGACAAAAUGUAGUUACUUGUGUUCUGCAUAUACAAAGCAAAGCUCAGGUAAAUGGUGUCUGAGAUGCUUAUCGAAAGUGCCCACGGGAGGAUGAAAGAGCCUUUGGAUUCUGCUUCUUGGGGGAGGCAAGGAGAGCCUGCUUACACUCUUCCUUGCACAACUGCCUUGCAAAGUAGGCCUGUUGCAUCUGCAAACUACCCAGGAAUCACUGCCAUCAAACCCCUUAAUUCAGCUAAUCAGAGCAUAGGUCAUGUUUGCCAGGUAACCAGGUAACCGACUUCUUUCCAGAAGUUGAAGAUCUGGCAGACGCCAUGGUUAUUGCUGGUGGAGUUUGCCAGUGGGGUUUUCUCAAUCUUCCUGUGCUUAUGAUUUCAGUAGUACAUGCCUCACCUGCUCAGGCUAAAUGGAGUGGGGAGGGGGAGCAGGACAGCAGAGCUUUUAUCCACAUUUGGCUCAUGCUGGAGUGAGUCAGUGGCCACAGCCAAAGUCGCUGGCCUUUCAGACCUUGCUCAGUUCAAAAUAUGGUCCUUGUUAGAAUAUUAGUUGCCCACUUGGGGCACACAGGAAGGAUGUCAUCUUCUGCUCCUAGGGAAGGGAGCUCCCAAAAAGAAGGCCCUGCUAUACACAAUCUGUGAAUUCACUUAUAGAAUUAUAAAACCAUAGUUCUGUGGAGUUAGAAGGGACUCCAAGGGUCACCUAGUCCAACCCUUUACAAUGCAGGAAUCUCAACUAAUACACCCAUGACAGAUGACCAUCCAACCUCUGCUUAAAAACCUCCAGGGAAAGAGUCCACAACCUCCCAAGGUUCCACUGUCAAAAAGUUCUUCCUGGUGUUUAGCCGGAAUCUCCUUUCUUGUAACUUCAAUUCAUUGGUUCAAGUCCUAUCCUCCAAAGCAGGAGAAAUCAAGUUUCCUCCCUCUUCCAUGUGACAGCCCUUGAGAUAUUGGAAGAUGGCUACCAUCUCCUGUCAGUCUACUCUUUUCCAGGCUAAACAACCAUUCCUCAUAAGGCUUGGACUCUUGAUCAUCUUGGUUGCCCUCUGUAUUCCAGGUAUGGUCUGCCCAUGGCAGACUAGAGCAGGACUAUGAUUUCCCUUGAUAUGGACACUAGACUUCUGCUGAUGCAGCCUAGAAUAGCAUUAGGGUCUUUUGCUGUUGCAUCAACCCAGCUGCCCAUGCUAAGCUUGUGAUCCACUAAGACCCCUGGAUCCUUUUCAUACCUACUACUGGCAAUCCCUCAUUUUAUAUUUGCUCCUGCCUAAGUGUAGAAACUUACAUUUAUCCCUAUUGAAUUUCAUUCUGUUAGUUUGGGCCCAUUUAGUUCUCCAAUUUGUUAAAGUCAUUUCAAAUCUCAAUUCUGUCUUCUGUGGCAUUAAUUUAUAUGAGGGUGAGACCACUUUCCUUUCAGCAUCCUUAAAAUAAUGGCAUCUGACUCUGAACAUGAUUCAUUUCAGAGACAAAUGAGUCUUAGCUAAAUCCAUCACAAAGGAGUGCAGGAUUUCAACCAAUGCCAUGAUACUGAUGCCUGACAAUGGCUCUCAAAGUGAACCAUUCACAGGGUUGUGUUAUCACGCCAACUCUAUUUAUUAUUUUCAUUGUCAUGAUCCUACACUUUGUCCAAGGGAAACUCCCCACCAGGGUAGAAAUAUAUCAAACAGAUGGAAAGCUCUUCAAUCUGAGCAGGCUGAAAGCAAAGAGUAAGGUUACCAUAACUUCUGUCAUAGAGCUUCAGUAUGCUGAUGACAACGUAGUGUGUUCACACUCAGAGGAUGACCUCCAAACCAUCCUUAAUAUCUCUGUAAGUAAAGGUAAAGGGACCCCUGACCAUUUGGUCCAGUCGUAGCCGACUCUGGGGUUGUGCGCUCAUCUCGCUUUAUUGGCCGAGGGAGCCAGCGUACAGCUUCCGGGUCAUGUGGCCAGCAUGACCAAGCCACCUCUGGCGAACCAGAGCGAACCAGAGCAGCACAUGAAACGCCAUUUACCUUCCCGCUGGAGCGGUAUCUAUUUAUCUACUUGCACCUUGACGCGCUUUCGAACUGCUAGGUUGGCAGGAGCUGGGACCGAGCAAGGGGAGCUCACCCCGUCGCGAGGAUUAGAACCGCUGACCUUCUGAUCGGCAAGUCCUAGGCUCUGUGGUUUAACCCACAGCGCCACCCGUGUCCAAUAUCUUUGUAAAAGGUAAAAGUAAAGGGACCCCUGACCAUUAGGUACAGUCGUGGCCGACUCUAGGGUUGCGGAGCUCAUCUCACUUUAUUGGCCGAGGGAGCCGGCGUACAGCUUCCGAGUCAUGUGGCCAGCAUGACCAAGCCGCCUCUGGCAAACCAGAGCAGCUCAUGGAAACGCCGUUUACCUUCCCGCCAGAGCGGUACCUAUUUAUCUACUUGCACUUUGAUGUUAGAUGAUGCUAGGUUGGCAGGAGCAUAUCUUUGUAGAAGCAUACAAAAAGUUUGCCUAUCACUCAACAUCCAAAAAACCAAAGUGCUGCACCAACAAGCACAAAAUAACCCCUCUGCAGCGCCACAAAUCCAACUCAAUGGAGUAUCGUUGGAAAGUGUCAAUCACUUCUCCUACCUGGGCAAUUAUCUCUCCACAAGGGCCAACACUGAUGCUGAAAUCCAGCAUCUCCUGAGCUCUGCAAGUGCAGCUUUUUCCUGAUUGAAGUGCAGAGUGUUUGAGGAGCGGGAAAUUUGCAGGGAAACCAAAAUGCUUGUUUACAAAGCUAUUGUACUAUCAACCUUACUGCAUGCUUCUGAAACAUGGACCACUUACAAACGCCAUCUCCAACUCCUUGAAAGAUUCCAUCAAUGGUGCCUCCAAAAAAAUUUACAUAUCACUUGGGAAGACAGGCGAAUUAAUGCCAGUGUACUUGAAGAAGCAAAAAUCACCAGUGUCAAAUCAAUGAUUCUUCAACAUCAACUUUGUUGGACUGGUCAUGUUGUGCAGAUGCCUGAUUAUUGUCUUCCAAAGCAACUACUCUAUUCUGAACUUAAAAAUGGAAAGCGUAAUUUUGGUGGUCAACAAAAGAGGUUCAAAGACUCUCAAGGCAAAGAAGAGCAAAGAAGCCAUGACAGCGAGCGGGAAAGAGCCUGCAAGCUUGCGGAUAGCUGCCCUAAGCCCGGGGUGCGCAGUGCCGCGCUCCCCGGACUUCGGGCUGCAAGCACUCCCGCCAGGCGCCGCAGGCUUGCAGAUAGCUGCCCUAAGCCCGGGGUGCGCAGUGCCGCGCUCCCCGGACUUCGGGCUGCAAGCACUCCCGCCAGGCGCCGCAGGCUUGCAGAUAGCUGCCCUAAGCCCGGGGUGCACAGUGCCGCGCUCCCCGGGCUUCGGGCUGCAGACAGCCUGCAGGCUUGCGGAUAGCUUCCUGAAGCCUGGAGAGCAAGAGGGGUCGGUGUGCAGCGACCCCUCUCGCUCCCCAGGCUUCAGCGAAAGCCUGCAUUCUCCCCACAGGACGCACACACAUUUCCCCUUCAUUUUUGGAAGGGAAAAAGUGUGUCCUAUAGGGCAAAAAAUACGGUAAAUAAAAAGUCUUCACCAGUUUCCAUUAAACCUACCAAAUUCACAUAUGUGUCUCUGCCCACAUACCCAUAGGUUUCUGCAAAAUGUUGCUUGCUCCUUUUUCUUAGGUUUUCCCAAUUCAGAUUUACUGAAUCCUGGACUUUUGUUUUUGCCUGUGGAGGAAACAAAAAUAAACUGAAAAUGGGCAGGGUGUGGGUGUGUGGAAGCUUCGUUAAAUGAAUGGCUUCCAUGAUAUGGGUUAUUUUUCUACUCCAGAUCUAGAAUUCUUCCUCUGCAGCAAUGACCUUACUGUUUAGGCUUAUAAAUUUCUCCUGGCAGCUGUUCUCCCGCUGGAUUAGCAUCAGGGUAACAACUAUCAAAAUAACAGAACCCUCAUUUGGGCAAUGAAACCUCAGGACUGUGAUAUGUUUAAACAGGAACACACAGAAAAUAUUCGCUUAUCAGUUAGGCUGUCCUUCUCUCAAAAGGGGACAAAACACACAUGCCAUUGUCAUUAUCAUCACUUUUCAUGUACAUAUGCUCAUUUAUUUAAAGAAAUUUACUAAUUGUGCUACUAACUAGGUAGCACCUUCUCAUUAAAGCAUGAAUUGCAUUUUUUAUAUUAUACAAGAAACCUCAUACCCAGUGUUGCUUGAGAAUUCUAAGAAAGAAAGAAACAAACAAAAUCAAUACAGAGUUAAAAUCAUUGCAAUUUUGAAAGGUUCAGCCCAUCAUCUUGUUUAAUGGCAUCCAAUUAUAUACAAAUUUGGACAAAAACAUGCUCCUUGAUCUGAGGAACCAUCAUGCAAGAUUUGGUUACAAUAUCUUAAAUAUCCAAAUACAUGGUGAACAGACAAACAACUUUAAAAAAUAUUUUGUAGACAUAUUACAAACCCUGCCUGUGUCCUCAAGGAAGAUCACCCAAAAACAUUCAAAAUGUCUAGCAAAUGCCCAUCAAAUAAGCUCAUGCUGUUAGAUCACCUAUCCUACACAAGUGAAACAUCCACACAAAAAGGAAACAUAUUUAGUGCAUAAAGACACAUUUUGAACUACACAAUAUUGAGAUAAAAUAUGCAAACUCUUGAUUCCAAACCCAGCCAGCUGUACAAUUUUAAAAAGCUAAAGUACCACAUAUGAAAAUGAAUGAAAUAAAGAGAUCUGAAACUCUGAAACUUCUACAUUACACCUUAGAACAAGCCCUUUACUUGUGCAAGGUCUGGGGGGGCAGGGCCAUAGCUAGAGGGUGGUGAGGUAGGCCCCUACCAGGGAUGCAGGCGAUGGGGGGGCACAAAAUUGGCUAAAAUAUGUCCAUAAAUAUAAAUAUUGAUUAUUGCCUCGUAAGAAAUGGUUUUAAAUAGAGGGUGAAUUGAAUGGGUGGAAGGGGGGGUUGGAGGAGUGGAGGAAAGAAGAGCUAAUAGGGGGAGCAACCUGGACGGUUCUGCCAGGGGCGCAAGAUCACCAGCUACGGCUCUGGUGGGGGAACAGUGGCAAGGGAAACUAACUACAGGUUUGGUUUGCUCAUAAAACUAAGCCAUGGUUUGUUUAGCCAAAGUGUGGCUUGUUUGAAUGUCUGAAACCAGUUCAGCAAACUAACCGUGGCACGUUUCCAGCACAAAUUAUGAUGUGAAACUAUGGUUUGUUGUUGACUUACAAACUAUGGCUUCUUUGAACUAUGGGUUGGCAUUAUGCCUGAACCCAACAGCCUUGCUUGACUACAGUUUGUCUGAUCACCCCAUCCCAGAUGCUCACCAAACUAUAGAGGCAUGAGGGAAAAACAAACCGAGCUUUGCAGAAACACACCAUGGCUGGUUUGCUCUUCUGUGAGGCGACUCAUGGUUUGUUGAACAAAUUCUGCUUAAAACAAACCCUAGCUUUGUUUUGUCAGUCUUGCUAUAUCAUGCUGUAUCAUGGCAACAUAAAAGUUAAACCACAGAAGACAUCUGAAGGCAGCCCUGUUUUGUGUCAUGUUUAAUGUUUUAUUAUGUUUUUAUAUAUGUUGGAAGCCCCCCAAGUGGCUGGGGCAGCCCAGUUAGAUGGGUGGACUAUAAAUAAUAAAAGUAUUAUUAUUAUUAUUAUUAUUAUUAUUAUUAUUAAAUAGGGAAUCACUAUGAGAAAUGUUGGAGGGUAUGGAAGCAGCCUAAUUAUCUGGGGUUCUUGAGGGAGAGAUGUACAGUGCAUUUGUUUGUUUUGCAAAAAACAAAAAGAAAACAGUGGGGGAGACAGAUCCCCAAGGGGCUUACAAUCUAAAAAUAGACACAAGGGAAAAACAGAUGAAAGAUUUUAUCUCUCUCUCUCUCUCUGACUUAGUUCAGUCAGAUAUUGGUUCUAAGGGCUUUUUCAAAUGGCUUAAUGUAAAAUUAUGAUUAUGUUGUUUUAUCGUAUAAAAAGUGACCAGGUCCAAAGGAAGGCAGUGCUCCUGUACCUUGGAUGAGAGGAUGUUGGUAGGUUUUGUUUUUUUCUCCUCCCCUUUGGGAUGAGCAGCUGCACCUGCCAAAAUCCCUGCUUUCAUAGAUCCAUUUGACAAGGAGCCUGGCUCUUCUCUGCAUCUAGUUACCUGCCAGCGCAGCCGCUGCAAACACAUGCAAAUAACCACAAUGCACAAUCAUCAGUGGGCAGUCACAAGUGCGCCCCCCCAACUAUGUGAGGCCCUGCGCCAACACACUCCAGAGCCAGGUCCCUCCUGGCAUGAUGCGCUGUGCAUGUGAGUGUGUACAAAGAGGGUCAGUUCAAGUUCGGGAUUGAUGGGUGUGGGGAUCAAUUAUUCAAGAGGCCCAAUUAAUAUUCAUAAGCCUCCGGCACCAAACUGUCAAAGACAAGGAGGGGAAAUGAGAGCAAGCGUCAAUAUGCUGUGUUUGUGUGUUGCAGGGCAGAGAGAAGAGCAGUUCCAUCCCAAUACUUGCAACCCAAUAGUCCCAGAAUUAAUAGUCUGUCCAUUAAGCUGGGCUCUCAACCUUGGCCCAAGAAAUGACCCUAAUUAAGAGUAAGAAAAGCUAUGUUUGCGCAUGUUCUGUCCCACAGACCCAAAUGUAGACCUGGGUGAGUGGAUCGCUGGGGCCCCAAAGGAACCAGUUGCAGGGAUUCCAAAGAAGGCUGAACAAAGUGCCCUGGGAUCAAUUCUAAAGCUUAGCUGUAGAGAGACUUACAGUGAACCACUCGGUCAGGAUUCAUAUUUGGGCAAAUGGGUAAACCAGCAAUCCAAAGCCUCUCACACACUAAUUGAAAUCAGCAGGAGCAAAGGAGUCACUCAAAACCUUACUGAGUAGCAACUACUGUACAAAUUUCCCAAAUUUCCAAGCCACUGGGGGACAGCAUGGCCAGGGGCUGUGACCACAGUGGAAUCACUGUUGCCAUGUGGCAAACCUUAAAAGGCAUGUGCAAGUGCUUCUCUGUUCAGCAUGUCUGCAUUGCCUACCUUUAAUUCUAAGUAAAACUGCCGGGGGGGGGGGGCGGGGACAACAAAUACUAAAUGAGGCAGCAGCAAAACAGUAAAUAAAAAAACCCAUUAAACAAAGGACAGAGCAAAUAAAAUAGUCUUCCUCUGACAAUUCAUCUAGGUGCUAAGAGAACCUUGACAUCAUAUAUUUUAAGUACAUGGCUACCCCCCCCAAGAGAAUUCUGGGGGCUGUAGUUUGUUAUGGGUGCUGUGAAUUGUAGCUAUGUGAAGGGUAAACCAGUUUCUUUGAGGGAACCCAGCCACUGUAAGUGUGCUUUAAAUGUCUGGUGUGGAUGGCUCUGCAGAUGAUGUUCCAGAAAUUUAGGCAUGCUAAGAAAAGGCCUUAUCUAGAGUCUGCAUCUGCUUAUCUCCAGUGGUGAGAGCAUUCGGAGCAAGAUUUCCAGGGAUGGGGCACCUGUGGCCCUCCAGAGAUUGAUGGACUGUGACACCCAUCAUCCCUAGCCAUUGGCCAUGCUGGCUGGGGCUGAUGGGAGUUCGACAGCAUCUUGAAGGCCACAGGUACCCCAUCCUUGAACAAAGCAAACAGGCAGGUACUGGAUGUGCUAACAGCUCAGCUGUCAAACGCCAGCGUCUUUGCAGCUGGGAACGAUUACAUGAGACAAGUGGUUGGCAACAAGCGUCCUCAGACCAAGGAACAUAGAAACAUGGGAAGCUGCCUUAGACUGGUUCAGACUAUUAGGUCUAUCUAAGCUCAUUAGGGACUGGUAGCAGCUCUCCAGGGGGUCGUGCAGGGGACAAAUGGUGCCCCUUCCCUGUUAGACAAGUGUGGAUCUUCACUCACCCCUUCUUCUCUGGUGGCGGGGCGCCAUUUUGUGGUUUGCUUCAGGUGCCAAAAUGCCCUUCUUCAUGACAGGGCUGGCCCGGGGGAGGGGGGUCACCACCAUGUUGCCAGCUCUGGCUCUCUGCCACUUGCAAUUCCUUGAGUUCCCUCUCUUAUACUUGCCCCAAAUAACUCUUCUUCGGCAUCCUUCCGUGUGGCAGGCAGACUUUGUAAGAAAAUAGUCCCAACUUCCCUGUCAGCAGCUUACAGUGCGGCUUGCUGGUUAAAAAAUAUAUAUAUAAUCCUGCUUCUCUGUCACUGUAGUAAUCAGAUGCAAAGGAGAGUAGAGCAUCUAUCCCAUAAUUAGUAAAGUUGCCUUUUUCAUUAAAAUAAAUAAAUAAAAGGGCCCUGCUCUUGUAUUUGCAGUGACAGUCUGACAUGCAGCAAUUUAGCAGGCGGAGAGUUUCUGAGUGCAGAGAGGAAGUGAUAGGAAGAACUUAGCUUAAAAUGUUCUGCAUGUCACAUUGAUGUUUGAGAAAACUAGAAGGGCGUAAAUCAAAAAGAAAGCAACCUUGCCUUUGUUAGUUGUGGCUGCGGGUCUAACCCCCUGCUCAACACACAUACACACACAGUUUCUCAUUGCUGCAUGCCCUUACCUGCUAAAAUGUAGUCUUCGAGAGCAGUGGGUCCCACUAAGCUAAGGGCUGCAGAUCCCCCUGUUUUUAAAGCCAAGCCAUGGACUUCCUACUUUUGAAAAAAAUAAUGAUAUCUCUAUGGUAGUUUGUGUUAUGCAAACAGUGUCAUGGACCCCCUGCAUGGGUUACACAGACUUCCUGGGGGCUGCGGACCACCAAUUGGGAACCACUGAGAAUAAUCCAGGAUUCCUGUUGUGACUUUUUUUUUGCAUGUGACAGGCCAGCACAUCUCACAGCAUGCAGAUGUGACAUCAGCAUAUCGCACAGAGUGCUCAUGUCACACAGCGCAGGUCCCCUCAACUGCAGGGGCAAGUCGGCACACCUGAACAGAAGUCUAGCAUCCUGAUCAAGGGAAGUCAUAGUACCACUCUAUUCUACCUUGGUCAGACACAUCUGGAGUCCUUUGUCCAGUUUUGGGCAUCACAAUUUAAGAAGGAUGUUGACAAGCUGGAAGGUGUGCAGAGGAGGGAGACCAAGAUGAUGAAGGGUCAAAAAAAACCAAGCCUUAUGAGGAAUAGUUGAAGGAGUUGGGUAUGUUUAGCCUGGAAAAGAGGAGACUGAGAGGAGAUAUGAUUGUUGUUGCUGUUUAGUCGUUUAGUCGUGUCCGACUCUUCGUGACCCCCUGGACCAGAGCACGCCAGGCACUCCUGUCUUCCACUGCCUCAUGCUGGUUGCUUCGAGAACGCUGUCCAACCAUCUCGUCCUCUGUCGUCCCCUUCUCCUUGUGCCCUCAAUCUUUCCCAACAUCAGGGUCUUUUCCAGGGAGUCUUCUCUUCUCAUGAGGUGGCCAAAGUAUUGAAGUCUCAGCUUCAGGAUCUGCCCUUCCAGUGAGCACUCAGUGAGCUGAUUUCCUUCAGAAUAGAUGGGUUUGAUCUUCUUGCAGUCCAUGGGACUCUCAAGAGUCUCCUCCAGCACCAUAAUUCAAAAGCAUCAAUUCUUUGGCGAUUAGCCAUCUUCAAACAUCUAAUGGGUUUUCACAUAAAAAAUGGAGAAAGCUUGUUUUCUCCUGCUCUGGAGGCUAGGACUCAAAUAGUGGCUUCAAGCUGCAAUAAAGGAGUUUCAGACUAAACAUCAGGAAGAACUUUCUGACAGUAAGAGCUAUUUGAUAGUGGGGGGCUCUCUUUCCUUGGAGGUUUUACAGCAGAGGUUGGGUGGCCAUCUGUCAUGGAUACUUUAAUUGAGAUUCCUGCACUGCAGGGGGAGGGACUAGAUGACCCCUGGGGGUGGCUUCCAACCCUACAAUUCUGUGAUUUUAUGAACUAAAUUAACAGGAUCAGCUGCCUUUGAGAGAGUCCACAGGAAAUAUAUGGUGCCUUUGGAAUCAUCUAGGCUUUGUUUUUGUUUUUUGCUUUCACAAGUGCCCCUGCAGAGCAGGCCGUGAGACAAAUCUUAUCCCCUGCUAAUGUUUGCCGAUCAUGCUAUUGUUAAAGCCACAGGUGUAGGAAUCAGAGAGGCUGGCAAGCCUACUUUAGAUCGAAGCCAAAAAAUGUCCCUUCCCCUACCAGGCUAUGGCAAACGGAGGGACAAUUCAGUUGCAUCAGAUCCAGGGAUUUCCCCUCUUUUGUUUUCAUUCUUUAUUGCUAAGGCUUGAGCAGCAGCAGGCUGACGCAGCAGGUGAUGCUUUUCCUGGUAGGAAGCGGUUGGGCAGGUGCAGCUUGCUCUGCCAAGGCUAGCACAAACUGCAGCUGCCAAAGCUCUUCUGCAGGAGUUGUGCCUGCUCAGCCCAGUCACAACCGUUUAAACACAACAAAACAAAAAAACAAAAAAAGCAUAAAACUAACACAACAAGACACAAACCAUUUAAAACACAAAACAAUUUCAAUAUCUUAUCUUUCAUUCCCUUAUUUCCACGACCUCCUCACACCUCCCUUUUUGUAUUCCACUUCUGUUAAUUGUUUCAGCAAUUCCUUUCCAUCUUCCUCUGUUUUCUAUCCUAUAAUUAUCUUAACAUAUUCUAACCUUAUUUUUCCCUUUAAUACUCUAUUAAUCUAUUUAUACUUAAUUCCUUAUAACAUUUCUACUAAAGCCAUAUAACUUCAUUCCAACAUUUUUCUAACAUUCCUUAUUUUUACAAUAUUUCUAUAAAUAGUCUUAAACUUUUUCCAAUCUUCUUCCACCGACUCUUCUCCCUGGUCUCGGAUUUCUGCCAGUCAUUUCCACCAAUUCCAUAUAGUCCAUCAACUUCAUCUGCCAUUCUUCCCGAAUAAAUAAAUCUUGUGUCUUCCAGUACUUCACAAUGAGUAUUCUUGCUGCUAUUGUUACAUACGUGGAAAAAGUUCUAUCCUUCUUUAACACCAAUUGGCCGACCAUGCCCAGGAGAAAGGCCUCUGUUUUCUUCAAAAGGGUAUAUUUAAAUACCUUUUUCAUUUCGUUAUGAAUCAUCUCCCAAAGUGUCUUAAUCCUUGGGCAUGUCCACCAAAGGUGAACUCUAAUCCUCAAAUUUGUCUGUUUUUCUUUAAGUUCAGUCAUAACAAGCGUCAACUUAUGGUCAUCAAAUUGCCUCUGUAGGGCUGGGGCUCUCUUUCUCUUUCUCUCCAGUUGUGUUACUUUACAUUCAGCAACAACAGCUUUUUCCCUGGCUUCCUCCGCAGUUUGCCGUAUCAAAGUAGGUUCCUGUAUCAACUUCUGGGUGGUUUCUGUAUUGGUAUUAUUUAUACUUUCUGUAUUUAAGUUAAUUUUAGUAAUUGAAACAUCCACUUUCGCAUUUAUCGUGUCCAUUUUCCUGUUAAGCUGAUCCAGUGAGUCAUUUAUCUUAUAUAAUGCAGCCACUAAAGCCUCUUCUGUCGACAUUCCUCUUGGUUUUAAAUGUACAAAGGCAGCAACAGAAGGAGCAGGGGGGCCUGAUGAUGGACCUCUCCUGGAUUGUUGCCAAGUCCUCCCAGACCUUAAUGUUUUGUCAGCAGUUGACUGGUCUGUUUUUCCUCUUCCAUUUACUAUAACACUUGAAAGAUUCAAGGUCAGUCCCAGAAUCUCACGGUUUUUAACUUGCAGCUGGAAAUUCCCCUAGCCCAGCUCUUGUAAAGCAACCGGUUUCAAAGGCUUCCACUAGGGGGAAACAGUUUCUAUUUGUAAUAGUCAAUAGUAUCUUCUUUUAAACAAUCCAAAAUUAGUUUCAAAUUAGUUUCAAUUUUCAGUUACUUUUACUCCUUUUUAAAGCAGCCGGAGACAGUAGAAACAAUGUAUUUCUCUUGUUUAACUAGCUGUCAAUGAACGUUCUAAACGCUGUCAAUGAACAUUCCAAAAGACAUCAGUCCUGCUAGCAGCCCGUUUCCAGGGUCAGAGCGGCGGUGUUUUAAAUCUCUUCGCUCUCUCCCACAGGCAUACUCAAUCCGCAACUUCCCCCUCUCUUCUCCUGCCUCCAAGAGGGGGUUUAAUGUUCUUUACCGAUGGAAAUUUAAUCUUUUACAAAAGGCUUUCCAGGACUCCAGCUUGCAACUUCAUUGCCUCAGUCUAUUUACAAAAGGGGAAGGCGGACUUCCUGUUUUGAACCUCCCCGUUACGGUACCAAAUUAAACAUUUAGAAAUCCAAUUCUUCCGCUUCAGCUCUACUCACGGGUAAUUACUUUAAAGUCAAAUUGUCCACAGGAAAAGGUCAGCGCUCUCCGUCAACAGCUAUACGGCUUCGCUCCGUGGAAGAAGCAGACGAUUCGAUGCACCGCGCCGCUCACCCCACGUCACUGCGGAUCCCCGAAACCGGGUUUCCCCGCGAGUGGGGGAGGCGCAAAAGGUGCCCGCCGAAUCCCACGCUCAUAGGCUUCUCCCGCCUGUGAUUUUAACGGGUCUCCGUCUUCGCCGUGGCGGCCAGACCCAGAUUCCCACGGAGCAAAUUCCUCCCGAUCAGAGGAAUUCCGCCAUUACCGGAGGCACCUCCCCGGAAGUUUCGUCAGUUGCAAUUCUGCAUGUAGCACACAGCACUGAUUGUGUACCUCUGGAAACCAUCAGCCUAGGCACACAUUCAAAAUCACUUCAAUCUGAUUAGUCCUCAGACUCACCAGCCUUUGACUUUUCCAGAUCGAAGACUGACUUUUAAGUCAAACUUGCAAUGUAUGACCCACUUUAAUUUCUGUAAGAUCUUCCUCUGUCUGUCUGUCUGUCUGUCUAUCUGUCUACUCUCUCUUUUCUCUCCCGAAGAUUGCCAUGGCAGUUCUUGUGUGAACCACUUUAAAUCGAGCCUCAAUCCAGUUCUGGAUCACAUUCUACUCAGGGAAAGAUGGAUAAGUCUAGAUCCAGUCCAUUUCCAGUACUUCACAUUUGUUCAUUGAUAAAUCUUCAUCCCCUUUUUGUAUCAAUCUUCUCUUUUAAAGAAAUAUGCUCCCCAAAACUGUAUUUAAAUGUAUGCUUUCUCACAAAAUACACAUUACUAAAUGUAUUUUAUCUUAAAAUAUAGACUUAUAUAUGCUUUUAAAAAACUUUUAUUUGCUUUUUGAGCCAAGAACUACAUGAUAAAAUUUGGAGAAGAGCAGUGUCUGAAAUAUAUCUUCAUACUGAUCACACAUUAGUCCAGGAGAUGUGGAUCAGAUCAGUCUGCAAAUUGGCAGAAGUCAAAAUUCCUCCAGCCUUCGUCAUUCUACCUGUUAAACAACAGUGGCCAUAUUCACAAGCAGUGUAGUUAAACAGAGGUGUAAAAGGGAUGUCAAACUCAAAAAGUGGUUUGAGUGCCCAAAUUCAUCAUUCAUGAGAUGCCAUUACAGUGGUACCUCGAGAUGUGAACAGGAUCCAUUCCGGAGCCCUGUUCGCAUCCAAAAGCAAACGUAACUAACGACGGCACGUCUGCGCACGCACGUGUUGCUUUUCGCCGCUUCUGCGCAUGCGCGUGACGUCAUUUUGAGCGUCUGCGCAUGCACGAGCGGCAAAACCCAGAAGUAACACGCUCCGUUACUUCUGGGUUGCCGCAAAGCGCAACUUGAACGUGCUCAACAUGAAGCAUAUUCAACCUGAGGUAUGACUGUACUACAAAAAUGUCACUUUUUGUGAUUGCAAAGCCAAAUUAUUAAGUCUACCUCAACCUGAUACAGCGGUACCUCAGUUUAAGAAUGGUCCAGUUUAAGAACGAUUCAGUUUACAAACUCUGCAAAAUUGGAAAUAGUGUCCCGGUUUGCGAACUUUACCUCAGUCUAAGAACGGAAGCUGAAUGGUGGAAAGGCACCGGCAGCGGGAGGCCUCAUUAGGGAAAGCAUGCCUUGGUUUAAGAACAGUUUUGGUUUAAGAACGGACUUCAGGAAUGAAUUAAGUUCGUAAACCGAGGUACCACUGUACAAAAAAUGCAGGGCAUGGGGGAGGGAUGUUAGCUGUUUCUGCAGCUGAGGCAACUUGCCUGUUCUCAAAGCACUUGAAUGUGAAAUAAAGAAUAUGUUAUGUGUGCACACAUUUGACCAUGCUGAGUGCUGGGCACAGGCAAUGUGGCUUGCAAGGAGUCAGACUAUUAGGCCACGUAGCCCAGAACUAGUUGCCCCAAGAGCAUUCCACCAACUAAAAGUCAUCUUUAAAGCAGUAUGCAAGCCCAUCGCACAAACACAUACAAUAUCCAUGAGAGCAGAAGGACCAAACAGUCGUAGGACAGGAAGCCCACAACGCUGUUCCAGGCUAAGGGAGCUGGGCAUGUUUAGCCUGGAGAAGAGGAGGUUAAGGGGUGAUAGGAUAGCCAUGUUCAAAUAUAUAAAAGGAUGUCACAUAGAGGAGGGAGAAAGGUUGUUUUCUGCUGCUCCAGAGAAGCGGACACGGAGCAAUGGAUCCAAACUACAAGAAAGAAGAUUCCACCUAAACAUUAGGAAGAACUUCCUGACAGUAAGAGCUGUUCGACAGUGGAAUUUGCUGCCAAGGAGUGUGGUAGAGUCUCCUUCUUUGGAGGUCUUUAAGCAGAGGCUUGACAACCAUAUGUCAGGAGUGCUCUGAUGGUGUUUCCUGCUCGGCAGGGGGUUGGACUCGAUGGCCCUUGUGGUCUCUUCCAACUCUAUGAUUCUAUGAUUCUAUGAUUCUAUGAAUCACAUGUAUAGUCAAAACUCAUUGGGUUAAAUGGCAGGCAGGAAUGCCAAAGGCAUUUUCCUGGAACUCCACUUCCUUUCCAUAUUAUUAUUAUUAUUAUUAUUAUUAUUAUUAUUAUUAUUAUUAGCCACAUGUGUUAAGCUGAAUGUGCACAAGUUAAAUGCGUAAGUUGUGAGCUGUAACUGGCAAGAGUCAGUUCCUGUGGUUUACUAAGGGGCUUUUGGCUUCCAUGAAGAUGGCUCUGUGCAAUGUGUGUGGAACGCACAUUUGCAACCCUGAAAGAGCUUUGUGUGGAUCUCCCCACCCUGUGACUCAGGGGCAGCCAACAGGGUCCCAUCCAGAUAUUUGUGCUGGACUACAGCUCCCAUCAUCUCUGUUCCCUUGGCCAUGCUGCCUGGGGCUGAUGGGAGUUGUGGUCCAUCUGGGGGGGCAGCCCAUUAGCAGCCUGUGUAGAGUCCCAAGGGGGAGUACUUCUGGCCAUGGAAUGCCAGAGCAGAACUCAUGGGAAUUUAAACAUUGCACAGCACUACACUUUCCCUAAAUAGAUCUCCCUUAAAAAAAUUAAAAACCUUUUUUUAAAAAGCUGCUCUUCUUUAGUGACCAGCCACAAAGCAAUGUUCUCCAGCAAAGCUGACAGCUCUGAACAAGAGAGCCGGGGACAAGAAGGGAUGUGAGGUCAGGAUUAAGAGCAUCAGUGGCAGAGGGAGAAACACGCCUUCAUCACAGGCCUUGUCAGCGACAGCAAGCAGCCAUCCUGAACAGAUGUACCGCCCCGCCCCGCCCUGCACCUUGCCACUGCCACAAUUCGAACAAGGGAAGCACCCAGGUGAGGACACAGGGCCAGGAUCUGUGUGUCAUGCCUGUUCUGAGUCGCUGACAACUUCCAUCCACUAUUUCCCAGGGCUGCUCACCCUCAAUGCAAGUCCUCUUAAAGUCACAGUCCUAGUCACAAAUUCUACUCUCCACCUCCCCCGCCCCCGCCCCGUCCCCACUUCUCUCCCUCUCCUCUCUCUCUCUCUUUGACACAUCUCUAUUUUUAGCUUCCCCUUCACGGCAGCAUUUGGCUGCUGUUGCUGCUCUCGGCCCUCGUGCAAAUGAGCUCACGCUCUGCCUCACAUGCCUCAGUCGCAGUACCUUCCAGGCCUGGCGCCAGUUCUGCGGCUGCAGGGGAGAGGGGGGCAGGAGGGGCAGGGAAUGAGGAGUCUCAAAAAUCCCCCAGCUUCUGCUGGCCCUCUGCUUAGUGCCACCUUGUGGAAGGCACCUGUGUGGCACAGUGGCUUGGUCAUUGGGCUAGGACUGAGGAGACUUUGGGGGCCUCGAAGCCGGAUGGCUGGACAUGGACCAGUCACUGGAGCAAAAGGCUAUUGAGCAAAAGGCUAAAAUUGGCUCUGCAAUGCCAUACCCUCCUAACAUUUCCCCAAUGAAAAUACUAUUAAAGUGUUGUUGUUGUUGUUGUUGUUGUUGUUGUUGUUGUUGCUGUUAUCAUCAUCAUGCCCCCACCCUUCUGACUGGGUUUCCCCAGCCACUCUGAGCGGCUUCCAGCAUGUAUGAAACCAUAACAAAACAUUAAGCAUUAAAAAGCUUCCUAGCCAGGGCUGCUUUCAAAUGUCUUCUAAAAGUUGUCUAGUUACUCCUCUCCUUAACUCAGGGGUCGCGUAACUCCAUACCCUCCAACAUUUCUCUGAUGAAAAUAGGAAUGUCCUAAGGAAAGUGGGACAUUCCAAGAUCAAAUCAGGAACCAGGAUGGCUUCUGUAAAUCUGGGACUGUCUCUGGGAAAUAAAGGAGGGUCUGCAAUGUUUCUGAAUGCCAGAUGCUGGGAACCUCAGGAGAGAGGAGAGGGCACUUGUGCUUGGGUCUUGCUUGGGGGUUUCCCUGUAAGCAUCUGGGAGGACACUGGGAGGACAGCUGCUGGACUAGAAGAAAGGUGCUUGCAGAAAGGUUACAUGGUGGCUAGACAGUGUAUGGUAUUUAUUGAGCAGUAGUUCUGAUUCAUGACCAUGAGCAUUCAUCCAGAUUUGCUUUGUGAGAUCUUGAAAUCCUAAGAGGGAGAGAGAAGCCUGAGAUUGGCCAGAGGCACCUAACUCUGCUCAGUCUUUGCCCCAUCUUCCUAUUGUGCUUGUAGUCCAGUCAUCCAAGGGGAAUAUGGGCAGGGGAUUGCAUUGCUGUGCCCUUCAGAGCAGACAACAAGCAGAAGCUGAUUGUGGGUGGGGAGAUUCAAGGGACUGCAUUCAGGCUGCAAUAUCCCUCAGGCAGAAUCCAUCGCUUUGGUUGCUCCUGUACCACCUUCAAGGAUUGCAAAGGAGAGUGAAUAUAAACAGGCGUCUCCUAUCCUAGUGGUGCCAAGAUGGGAAAAAUCACACCUGGUGAAGUUCUCUCUUCUAUGCAACCCUCAAGACAGAGGUGGCUAACUUGCGGCACUCAGCUCCCCUCCCAGCAGAGCCAGGAGCCAGGACUGAUGGGAGCUGUAGUCUGAGGAAGGGCACCAGACGGAACUUAGAUGGACAAAAGCUCUCUCAUGGGAUCUGAAUUUGGCAAUCCAUCAUCCUUACUGCUGGGAUAUGACUUACUGCUCCCAUCAUCCUAAACCCAUGCCUCUACUUGGCUCUCUCCUCCUGCCCUCCACAAAUCCUGCCCUGCUCCUCACAUAUCACACCAAGUGCCCUGAUCCAGAGGUUAAUGUCUUCCCAUCUUCUGUCCCCCGACUCUCUCUCCCCCCGUGCCCCCGCCCAGAGAUCUGCAAGGCUUGUCAGGCUCCAGCUGUUCCACACAGUGGUUUAUCUAGGUCACCAAUUACCCAACAGGCCCUCUUGCUGCCAGCACCACUGUCUAGAAAAUCCCAUCCUGCACAGAUGGGACAGAUCAACAGCACCCAGGGUUCAGGAGCCGGUCACUGAUUUUUGCUCCCUGGGACAAGGAGGGGAAGCUUGGGAGAAUACAGCUCACCCCCUCAAGCCCCCAAAGCAGGAACAGAAGCGCCAGCAUCUACACCAGCUGUUUUCCUUGGGAUUAGUCCCAGAACAACCCAAGAAAAGCUGGUAUAAUCUGCAUCUCAUCUGCUGUAUUGGCACUGAUCAGGGUACCAAACCAGGUUUAUUUCAUGGCCAUAGCUGCUUCCUCAUAGAUGUAUUAUGCUCACCUAUGACAUUUUUCAUCUCCAGAGACCUCCCAGGGAAAAUGGUUCUGCCCUCAAAUUUGCCACUUAUAAUGACAUGAUGGUUGGGAACUUACAAACAGUUCCAUUCCUGGAGAAGUGCUCCAGCCAGAUGGGCGGGGUAGAAAUAUAUUAUUAUUAUUAUUAUUAUUAUUAUUAUUAUUAUUAACCUACAAGUAAAUUUGCUCACAAACAAGCACACUAAUCAGCCAUUUCAAGCAAUGUGCUGGCGUACCUACCCCUGCACAUAUCGCCCCUCAAAUUAAGCAUUUGAGGCUGCCACUGCAGACUGUAGGUGAGAGACAUUCCAGGUAUAUUUCAUUUGCUCGUUUGUUUAAGCUGCAAGCAUUUCUGCUGCACUCUUCGAUCUUAAAAGAGAUCCCAGAGCAGGCAAACAAGAAAAAAAAAACAGCAACAAAUGAUCACACUAAAACUACGAUACAUUUCAAAACAUCUAAAAGGCUUACAAAUAAAAUUCCCUGGACAACAGAAUAAGAUUUUUACAGAAGCCAUUUCACACCCAAAAAAUUGGACAAACUCUUCCUUUUUUUUUUUAAUAAGAUAUUUAUUAAAGUUUCAACAUAAUACAAAAAUAAGCGAAAAAAGGAAGAAAAAAAGGGGAAAAAAUAGAAAAUGAAAAUACAAAAUAAAAACAGUUAAAAAAACAGAUUAGUCUUUCCAUAUCUUAACUUUCCUUUGCUUGUUUCCCCGACCUCCUCACACCUCCCUUUUUUGUAUUCCAGUUCAAAUUAGUUAAUUCAGCAAAUCCUUUCCCUCUUUGAUUCUAUCUUAAUCUUUUAUCUUAAUAUAUUGUAACUUUAGAUUAUCACCUGUUAACAAUCCACUUUUACAUAUUCCUUUGUAACAUUGCUGCUAGAAACCAUUUAACUUCAAUCCAACAUCAUUCUAACAUUCAUUAAUUUUGCAGUAUUUCUGUAGAUAGUCUUUAAAUUUCUUCCAAUCUUCUUCCACCAACUCUUCUCCCUGGUCUCGGAUUCUGCCAGUCAUUUCCGCCAGUUCCAUAUUGCAGAUGACACCAAACUGGGAGGGGUGGCUAACACCGCAGAGGACAGGAUCACACUUCAAAACGACCUUGACAGAUUAGAGAACUGGGCCAAAACAAACAAGAUGAAUUUUAACAGGGAGAAAUGUAAAGUAUUGCACUUGGGCAAAAAAAUGAGAGGCACAAAUACAAGAUGGGUGACACCUGGCUUGAGAGCAGUACAUGUGAAAAGGAUCUAGGAGUCUUGGUUGACCACAAACUUGACAUGAGCCAACAGUGUGACGCGGCAGCUAAAAAAGCCAGUGCAAUUCUGGGCUGCAUCAAUAGGAGUAUAGCAUCUAGAUCAAGGGAAGUAAUAGUGCCACUGUAUUCUGCUCUGGUCAGACCUCACCUGGAGUACUGUGUCCAGUUCUGGGCACCACAGUUCAAGAAGGACACUGACAAACUGGAACGUGUCCAGAGGAGGGCAACCAAAAUGGUCAAAGGCCUGGAAACGAUGCCUUAUGAGGAACGGCUAAGGGAGCUGGGCAUGUUUAGCCUGGAGAAGAGGAGGUUAAGGGGUGAUAUGAUAGCCAUGUUCAAAUAUAUAAAAGGAUGUCACAUAGAGGAGGGAGAAAGGUUGUUUUCUGCUGCUCCAGAGAAGCGGACACGGAGCAAUGGAUCCAAACUACAAGAAAGAAGAUUCCACCUCAACAUUAGGAAGAACUUCCUGACAGUAAGAGCUGUUCGACAGUGGAAUUUGCUGCCAAGGAGUGUGGUGGAGUCUCCUUCUUUGGAGGUCUUUAAGCAGAGGCUUGACAACCAUAUGUCAGGAGUGCUCUGAUGGUGUUUCCUGCUUGGCAGGGGGUUGGACUCGAUGGCCCUUGUGGUCUCUUCCAGCUCUAUGAUUCUAUGAUUCUAUGAUUCUAUGAUCUUCGGAUGCCAUUCCUUUAGGUUUAGGUUGUACAAAUGCAGCCCCUGAUGAUGCAGAGGGGCCAGAUGUUGAUGCUCUUCGCUGCAGCCCAGCGUCUGGGCGAAAAGAUCUGCCAGACCUCGUUGUUUUUUCCUGCGGCAAAUCUGCCAUAACACUCUAGUUAAAGCCCAAGGUCAGUCCCAUGGCCAGAAUUUGUUUUGAAGUGGAAAAUUCCCCUGGCCCAGUAGUUAUUGUAAUAGUUUCAAGCUUCCUCUAGGGGGACACAGUAGCAGUCAGAAGCUGUUGCCUUAAAAAAAAAAAAAAACCUUUUUUAAUCCCCCAAUUCACAAAAUAGACAACAGUUUCAAUUUCAGUUAUUUUCCAGUUACUUUAAAACCAGGAAAAGCUAGCCGGAAACAUUGUAUCUCCCUUGCAGAGUUAGCUGUCAAAAAGUACUCUAUUCACCAACAGCGCAUUUCACAGUACGGCAUUCUUAUUGUCCAUUGGCAUCCCAUUCCCAGGUUUUAAGCGGUGGAUUUUAGCUUCCUUUCCUCUCUUUUUGCAGGGAAAUACAGUUCACACCUUUCCCCCCUCCUCUCCUGCAGCCAAGGGGGGAGAUCACUUGUUUUGAUGUUAGAAUUAUAGUCCUUUUCAAGCGUCUUUCAAAGUUUUAGCUUACACGUUCGUUGCUUUACUCUAUUUACAAAGAACGGAAGGCAGACUUCCUGUUUAUGCCUCCCCGCUUCGGUAUCAAAUUACGUCUUUGUUCUCCUUUUUCCCUGAAAUUAACCUACUCACGGGUAGUUGUUUUUGUAGCCAAAUUGUCACAGGAAAAAGGUAGCGCUCUCCGGUAACGGCUGUGCGGCUUCGCUCCACAGAAGAAGCAGUUGACUCUCAGCACCGCGCCACUUCCCCGCUUCACUCCGGAGCCCGUAAUUGAGCUCCUUUGCAGAUGGGGGGGCGCAAAAGGUGCCCGCCGAGUCCCACGGUCACAGGCUUCACCCGCCUGUGAUUUUUUUCAAGGGUCCCCGCUUCGCCGUAGCGGAACAGACCCGAUUCCCGUAGAGCCAGUCCCUCCGGAUCAGAGGAAGUCCGCCAUUACCGAUGGCGCCACCCCGGAAGUCCUGGACAAACUCUUCCUAGCUGGCACUAUUUUAAAACUUUUUACACCCACUGACUGUCAAGACAGGAUUUACUAUCUAUCGCUACUCCUGUCUCUGAGAGGUGAGAGAUUCCAGGGCUUCCAGGAGCUUCCCUAGAGUUUGUGUUUCUUUUGGAACAAGGAACAGCGGAGACUGUGGUGUCUUUAGGAUAUAUGGUUUAUUUACACAUAUAUCCAAUCUGAGCCUACGAUGGAGGGGUUUACAGCAUUAAACCCCCCAAAAGGGUCUUGCUUCUCCCAGAGCUGCAGCCUUGGCUUCAAACAGAAAUCAGGCAUAGCUCUGUCUCCCAGCUGCCCAGUCGGCAGCCUGCUAGCUUCUACUUCAAACACACAUGAGCUCCCAGCUCUGACCUUUGAUUCUCUAACUACCAGCGAGUUGAGGGAGGGAGGUCCAAUCAUCUGGCACAGAGCCAUUUCCUUUGUUACCUUAAUGGCCCAUACUUAGAGGGCCCUUACCAAGAGACUUGUCUGGCUGUUUCAGCAAUUUGAAUUAGAUUUUAACACUUGCUAUAUCCAGGAAUUAGAAGAGUCUCUGCAUACAGCCUAUCCCACCCCCACCAAUUCAUAACACUGUGUUAAUUUCUGAGCCUGACUCAGGCAUAAGAGGUGAUACUGUUCAUCUUGCUAGCUAGGAACCUUUUGGAUACCCCAGAGGCUGCAUCUUUCCCUCUUUCUCCGCCUUUUCCUUAUCCCUUCUACAGUACUUUCUGCUUCUGAAGAGCUCUCCAUCCAUUUCCAUCAACUCUGAUGGACCCCUGUCUCACAAAAUAAGGACCUGGCAUUAAACUUCCUUUCUGAAGCCCUUCAGCUGACCACACCAGUCUCUGACCUUCCACUUCAAAGUCCAAUCAGAGAAGACUUGCCCCUUUUCUUCCUCCAAUUAAGGACUGGUUCUUUGGAUACAAUCUAGGGCUCUUUGGAAGAGCGUCCCUUUGUUAAUCUGCUAUUUAUGCAAACAAAUCAGAAGCACCCAACCCAAAAGAAUCCUGGCAGCUGUAGUUUACACCCCUUGCAGAACUACAGUUCCCAGCACCCUUAACAAACUACAGUUCCCAUAAUUCUUUGGGAGGAGAGAAUGUGCUUUAAAUGUAUGGCAUGUACUUGGCCUGGAUUCUGGUACCUUCUAAGGGUGGUAAAGCAGAGGACAUUUCAGUAGGUGCAGCUUGUUAUGGGUGGGAGAGAGAGAGAGAGAGAGAGAGAGAGAGAGAGAGAGAAGCUGCACUUGCUAAAAUUCCAUCUUAUUAGAGACCCCCCCUUCCUUUUUUUGCAUCCGGUCAUCCAGCUUAUAGAGACAAGAAUUUACCUGCUUUGGGCCAGAUCAAAUUCCUCUUAAAUGGAAGAGACAACCAUGUAAGUAGGAGUGUGACUUUGUUUUCAAGCAGCAAAAGCUCUUAAGGAUUUUCAUAAGUAUGAAUGUGAUUGAUUGCAGCAGUGACAAUGUGCUUCAGCAAUGCUCUUGGGGUGUAUAAACACAUAAUUCAUCUCAUAUUUGAUCUCUGAUUGAUGUAUUGAGUUACAGAUACAUUUCUACAGAUACAUUCCUUGCACACUUUUGACUUUGGCAUUCAUUACUUUUUAGCCUAUGGCCAAGACAAAUAAAAAAAAGAGAAGGGGAUGGGGAAUGUGCUUGGAGCAGACACAGCUGAACUGCAGCAAACCAGGAGUUGCCGCCAGCGACACACCGCAGAAAAGUUGGUUUGAAAUUCAGAUCCCUUUCCCAACAAAGGGCACAUAUCGCACACCAAAAGAGGAAUUCUCCCAGAUAGACCUCUUAGCAGGGAAGUCAGAUUUAACCUUUUAAGAGUGGUGGAGGAGAGGACCAGAAAUGUUGCUGCCCUGGACAUGCUCACUUUGAACUGCAAUGGAUGAGAGUUGGUUGCACCAUGAGAGCGCCAUGGAAGCCCCUCCCUCUGCUGCUGACCUCUCUCCAUCUUUUCCCAACUGACACCAACUUGGACCUUCUCAUGGCUGUGACAUUGCAAUACCUUAGCCAAUGGCUUGUAUAGUCUGUGUUUUCAUCAGGUCUUGCCCUUUUGUGACCAUUUUUGCAAAAGUGCCGUGUGCACAGAUGUUGUUGUUAGCUCCUAAAAUUCCAUUUACUUAGAAAACCUGAGUUAAGAAAUAGAAUAUAGACUUUGGGACUCAGAAUGGGAUCUUGUGUAGAGAGCAGCAGGAAGUUCUUUACGGAUAUUUGCACACAUUUUCUUACUCUGAUUUAUUCUGUUCUAAAAUAGUGAUGAUCGGAGAAGAGUUGAGAAAUAGUUAUGUGAAAAAGUCAAGGUGGGGCAAGAGACAGGGAAGGGGAGAGCUGCAAGGAGCAGCACAGGGCACGGGCUGCUUACGUCCUGACCACAGCUAAAUUCCUACUAGUGAUUUUCAGACCAGAUGUUGCUCACAUUGUCCACUACAGUACUGAGAACUAGAAACGUACUCUUAAAAAGAGACAGAGGGUGUGUUCACAUUACUCCUUUAGAGCACAGUGAAGUUGUUGUGGUGGGUUUUUUUUUUGUUUUGUUUUUUUGUCAUUUCACUGCUCUCCCCACACCCAGCUGUUCACAUUCUUGUGCUUCAUUUUCUUCUGUUUGUGUGCACUCCAGGGGGCACUGGCUGCCUUUACUCUGUGAAGAGGGGUUCACACCUGGUCUAGAGAUGAGCUAAAGGUAAAGGUAAAGGGACCCCUGACCAUUAGGUCCAACCGUGACCGACUCUGGGGUUGCGGCGCUCAUCUUGCUUUACUGGCCGAGGGAGCUUCCGGGUCAUCUGGCCAGCAUGGCUAAGCCGCUUCUGGUGAACCAGAGCAGUGCACGGAAAUGCCAUUUACCUUCCCGCCAGAGCGGUACCUAUUUAUCUACCUGCACUUUGACGUGCUUUCGAGCUGCUAGGUUGGCAGGAGCAGGGACAGAGCAAGGGGAGCUCACCCUGUUGCGGGGAUUCGAACCGCCGACCUUCUGAUCGGCAAGUCCUAGGCUCUGUGGUUUAACCCACAGCGCCACCCGCGUCCCUUGAGAUGAUGAGCUAGGAAUGGCUUAAUGUCUCCAGAAGCACAUGGGGGCAGCGUGGACAGAAGGCUUGCCAUGCUGCUACCUUGAAUUCCUCCACCAGCACUGGAAACACAGGGAGUUCACAGUCAACAGGAAGCAGAAUACAGCCAGAGACAGGAGGCUAGAUUUGAACUCAGAAUACAUGCCUGCUCUGAGAAACCCCGCUUUCAUAUCUGUCUAACCCAGUGUUUCCCACAGUGGGCAAUACCACCCCCGGGGGGGGCACUGGAAUGACCCAGGGGUGGUAGUAGCCUUGGGUGCAAAUGGAGGACAUUGAAUAAGGGGGCAGUGGAAGCAUACAGUAAGAAGAGAGGAGAAGAAAAUUUUGAAAAACAGUUUGUAAAAACAGUUUCAUCUGUUGUGUAAUGACACUUACUGACAAGUCAGGCACCAUUGCAGGACAGCAACAGUACCUCCCCUGGAUCUAGCAGUCAGGCGAGAGACAAGGGCUUCUCCCUUUCCAGCUUCACCCAGGCCUGGAAAGUGGGAAGUGUUGCAGAGCAUAGGUAGCAAUAUAAACACAUAAAAGAUCACAAAUUUGUCACUGCAUCUUUCUGUUUGCUUGCUUAAAGAAGGUAGAUUUCUGGGGGGGGGGGGGAGAGUAAUUUUUUUCUGUAAAGGGGGUGGUAGGCCAAAUAAGUUUGGAAACCUCUGGUCCAACUCAUUCUCUCUUUUGCCUUCCAGAGAUGAGCUUGCUCCAUGGACUGCCCUAGAGCUCACAUCUGACAGAUCAAGAUUUUCUCCCCAGCUAGACCCGGCCUGUCUGGGGAGGACACAAUGCCCUCCUUCCCGCUCCGCGCUCUGCUGGUGCUGCUCCUGCCAGGAUUGCUGCCUGCCACUCUCCCCUGCCCGCCACAGUGUGUCUGCGAGACUCGCCCGUGGUUCACGCCACAGUCAGUCUACCACGAGGCCCGUACAGUGGACUGCAAUGACCUGCUGCUGACCCAAGUGCCAGGGAAUCUCUCUGCAGACACCCAGGUUCUCCUGCUGCAGAGCAACAAGAUAUCCAGGGUCAGCGGGGAGCUGCAGCACUUGCUCAACCUGACUGAGCUUGACCUCUCGCAGAACCACUUCUCCAGAAUCAGCGAUACUGGGUUAGCUAACCUCUCACGCCUCAUUACGCUUUACUUGGAGGAGAACCAGGUGGAGGAGCUACCUGACCACUGUUUGCAUGACCUCACGUCACUUGAGGAACUUUACAUAAACCACAACCGCAUCUCUUCCAUCGAGCCGUUGGCCUUUGCCGGUUUGAGGAGCCUACUUCGGCUGCAUCUCAAUGCCAAUCAUCUCCGUGCCAUUAACCACCGCUGGUUCCUCUCUCUCCCCAAUUUGGAGAUCCUGAUGAUUGGAGAGAACCCCAUCUCGCAGCUAGAAGGGGGCAGCUUCCAGCCACUGGGACGGCUUCACAGCCUUGUCUUGGCUGGGAUGGAGCUAAGCGAAGUACCCGCUGAUGCUUUCCGAGGGCUGGAUUACCUGGAAAGUUUGUCCUUCUAUGACAACCAUCUUCCACAUGUUCCCACCAAGGCACUGAAGGGCCUUCCUCUCCUGAAGUUCCUGGAUCUCAACAAGAACCCCAUCGCAGAAGUUCGGACAGGGGACUUCAAGGACAUGCUGCACUUGGAGGAGCUGAGCCUCAACAGCAUGGAGGAUCUGACUGGCAUCCACAAAGGCGCUUUUGAGAAUCUCCCAGAGUUGGCAAAGCUCGAGCUGUGCAACAACCCACGUCUCUCCUACUUGCAUCCUGGAGCCUUCCGGGAGGUGCCAGCUCUUCGCACCCUUCUGGCCAGCAAUGCGGCCCUCAGCCUCUUCCCUCUAGGCCUGACAGGGGCCUUGCCAGCUUUGGCAGAGCUCAGUCUCUAUGGAAACCCACUCCGCUGUGAUUGCCCAGAAGCCUGGCAGCCGUUGGCCAUGGGACAUGUCCGGUUAAUUGAGUCCCAAACCACGCUCUGCACCCUGCCCUUGGAAGCCGCUGGGCAACAGCUCCAAGAAGAGCUGAAAGGUGUCAUGGGAGGAUCAUGCCUGCCAGAAAUCUCCUCCAAGGCUCUCUCCGAGAGGCUGGAGGUAUCGGCUGGCUCAACAACAGCUCUGGAUUGCCCAGCCAGCUCAGAGCCACCACCGCAGUUCCACUGGAUAACGCCAUCGGGGGGGAAAGUGACCACAGGGUCAGGGAGGCUCCAUCUGAGGGUAGGGGGAACUCUAGAGAUCAGUGCCACCAGCCCAGCAGACUCAGGAGUCUACACUUGUGUGGCAUGGAAUGGGCUGGGCUCUACCAGCCGCAGUGUGGUCCUUGCUGUGACGGAAGACAGACCCAUUGCCCCCAUCCGGCUGCUUGUCCUUGCUAAGAAGGUUCAGUCACAUUUUGUGGUGGUGGAGUGGACGACAUCCUUUGUGGAGGGGAGGAAGAGUGAGAGGAGUGAUGAGUCCUCCACAGCCCACCCACCUCCUCCACUGCUGCCGUGGUCGUCAGCUACCAUGCGAAUCCAUAAUCCCCACCUGAGCUACACAGCACGAGUCCCUGUGGGCAUCAAGGAGUUCAACCUCACACACCUACAGCCAGCCACCCGCUAUGAGAUUUGCCUUACUGUUGUGUCCUCCGGUCCCAGGUCCUCAGCAGCUGCUGGUUACGCGGAUGUCCCCCCAUCCUUGGUGACCUCCACCAGCUCUUUGGAAGCUGCCUUAGCAACCCCACGUGCUUCCACAACUUCUCUGGAUUCCUGGGCAACCCAAGAAGGGUCUUCCGCCUCUUCUGUGGGUCAUCUGACAACCACAGUUUCUUUGGCAGUUUCCAAGGGCUCCUCGGCGCCCCCAACAAGCCCCUUGCCAACCUCUGCCAUGACUCCGCCUCUUCUGCAGCUGCCCCGCACCCAGCGCUCCUGCCUCAAUGUCACCACCAAGGAGGCCUCGCUCGCAGUGGAACUGAUGGGAGGUUGGGCUGGAGGAGCAGCCUUGGCUGCCGUCACCGGCUCCUUGCUGGCUGCCCUGAGCGCAGUGCUGCUGCUUCUCUGCGCCUCGCGGCGACUCAAGGAGAAAGGCUGCCGUCAUUCGCUCAAGAAGUACAUGCAGCAUGCGGCGGCCAUCCCGCUCAACGAGGUCUAUCCGCCCCUCAUCAGCUUGUGGGAUGUGGAGGGGGACCCGCCCCUGCCCAUGGCACCGCUGGCGCAACUGUCUCCGCCCAUGUCAGCGCCGCCCCCUCCUCCAGCCACAGGAGGGGGGCACCCUCUCCUGCUGCCCCCUCCACCAGGCCAAAUUGACACGUCCAAGACCUACCUGUGGCAACAGCCGUGAAGGAAACAGGCAGCAGGUGGGCACACACACCUCUGCCUCCCCAUGGAUAUUAGGGUAUGGGGCUUCCCAAUCCAUGCCCUUUCCUCCCACUUUUCUUCCUUGCGCACCCACCUUUGCAUACACCGCCUCUAGAGAGCACCAGGAAGCUGGAUGUUUAUUCUUUAGUCAAGGUCUCACUGUGUAGUCGUAGCCAAAUAAGGAGGGGAGCGUAACAGGUGGAUGACAGAGCAACUGGGACAGUGUAGCCCCUGGGGGGCAAGGGGGGAGAGAUGAGUUUUUGAAUAAAGCUGUGGCAUUAGAGAACACAGAGAGUGUUUGGGUGUGUUGGUUGGAAAGGAAGCCAACCCAGAACAUCCCUGUGCAAGCUGUGAAAUGCAUCCAUCUUACCCAAAGUAAAAAAUAAGUUGCUUUUAGAAACUAAGGUAGAGAUGCUUCCCUCUUGUGGGCAUUUGGGGAUUAACAGGCCAGUUUCUCCUCCUGGGCUGGACUGCAGCUUCAGUUUCAGACGGGAGAGAGGAGGAGAGAGAGACCUGUCCAGAUCAAAGCAUCCAUGGCCUUUAGAGACCCUAAGCACUGGGGGAGGGGUAUGGUGCCCCCAAAUUCAUGAUGAAAAAUACAAACAAUACUAGGUCCCCUGCAACCUCAUUAUUGUGAUCUACUGUAGCAGGACACCCCCUGGUUUAGGUGGGUGUUAGGAAGAGAGCAGGAAAUGGGGGGAGGGUGCCUAGGAGAGUGUAAGGAAGCCUAACAAAGUUCUGAGUUUUCACAUGUUUUUUUAAAAAUAUCAAAUGUCAUUUUAUUUUUUAAAAAUCUCAUUUGUGUGUGUGGAGAGGGGGAGUUUGGUACCCCUGCUUUUCUGAUGCCCUAAACACAUGCUUAGUCUGCCUGUUGGAUAAUCCAACAUUGCGUUAACAGCAAUCCCAUGCUCUGGCCUAUAUGUCCUCUGUUCUGAUCCCAGCCAUACAAGGACAGAUGGUGCUUACCUGAGUGGCAAAAAAAAGGCACUUUGCUCAAAGGGCACUACUUCUCAUGUCCCAGGACCAUGAGCCAUGGCAUUAAAAACUGGUUUUGCAGUUUGAGCCCUGAAUCUUGUGAGCUUUCUCCAUGCUGUUUUCCACUGGCUGGCUUCUGGCUAGCCUCAGCCAAACCCCAUAGACUCUCUUUGUUGGAAGGUGGUGAGUCAGCCGGACCUGGCCAUCUUUUACCAUUGAGAGUUGGCUGAGCUUCCUCAGAAGACAGCUGACAGUUGCUGAGUGCUAAUCCCGUGGCUCCAUCGUCAUCAUUUCCCCAAUCAUUUCAAGUCCUUUGAAAUUCCUUGACCAAUUGAAGAUGAUUCUCACACCAAAUCCAGGUUACAGAAAAGGUUGGAAUCGUAGAAUGGUAGAGUUGGAAGGGGCCAUGUGACUCAUCUAGUCCAACCCCUGCAAUGCAGGAAUCUUUCGCCCAACGUGGGGCUCAAACACACGACCCCAAGAUUAAAAGUCUCAUGCUCCACUCACAAAACAUUAAGGCGGAAGCAGGAGAAACAGGAAUGGCCACCCCAGGGGUUCACAUUAUGCAUAAUUUCAGAGGGGAACAUGCAUUUUCUGCUGCAACAGUGUGGCCAGGCUGUCUCAGUGCACACCCUUCUGCUCUUCAGGAGCACCAGAAUGCAGAGUGCUGUAAUAUGGCCAUUGAUAGGAUAUUGCGCUUGCAGCACUGAAGCCUCUGUUUGGCUCAGCUAGUCCACUGGCUCACAGCAUCACAAUCCUGACAGCACUGCUGACGUGGUUUGUGGUCCAAACCCUGCGAGGUAAUGGGAAAUUGUCACUUCGAAUGCAAAUAAAAAAAUAUUGUACAGGAAGAACCUUUUCUAGCUGAGUGCUAGAAAAGUAUAGGACAGGGAGCCAAGGGGCAAGACGGCUAAAGAAAGGGUCAAAUGCAAGCAAUGGAAUAAGAACGAAUAACCUGGGGAAAGGACAGGCUGAGGACAAGACUUGAGGCAAGGAAAGGGACUAAUGAGAGAGGGGCUUCAGAUGAUGAAAUCUCUAAAUUCUUAAGAUCAGCUUGCCUUCGGGGGGUGGGGGGUAGAAGGAUACAGAAGGUACCAAGGAGUAGGGCUGCCAUACAUCCGGAUUUCCCCGGACAUUACCAGAAUUUCAAAGGCAGAACUGACAUCCAUGGGGGAAUGUUAAGGAAAAGGAAAGGAUAUAUUGAAUAAGUAUUAUCCGUCCUUCACUCACACCAGUGAAGGAGUGAGUGAUGUAGCAGAGCAGAUUCCUCUUAAUAUAGCAGGGGAAUAUAGUAGGAAGCUGGUCUGCAGAUUUGUUUGAAUCUCUUUAGUUGAGUAAUCCAAUCUGGCUUGUCCAGAUGGAUUAUUCCUGGUGUCCCCUUUGAUCCCUCUUAAAAGAAUAAAGACACAAGAGUCUUUCCUUAAAAGUAACAAGAAGUUUACUCACAUUUCAGUUCACAAUUUGAUCCCUGAAAGGCAGGCUUAACUUAGUAGUUACAUAACAAACUGAGUUCAUUUCACAUGGAGAUUGAGCUCAUGUGUUGCUGGCUAAGAACCAGCAGACAGCAAAAUUACAUUAAGAGAACAAAAUGGCAGCAAGAGAUCGGCACGAGAGAGAGAUCAAGAGAGAGAAAAUGGCUGCAUGACUCGGCUCCUUUAUGGAGUCAGCCAGGGCCACGCCCAUCUCCCAGGUCACAUGCAGGGGAGGAUGCUCCAGACCAGCAGAACAGGAAGUUACACUGACUGGAGUAGCAGCCCACUACCUGUGCCGACUGGGGAAAUAAAGAAUGUUGUACAGUACUUGACUGUUCCAAUGGAUUACAUCCCACAAUCCAGGCGGCACUUCCCCUGAUUUUAUGCAAGUCAAGUGAAAAAUCAUGGUCUCUUGGUGUUUUUGUAAAAAAAAAAAAAAAACCUCAGCAACUUGCUUGUCCUAGUUUUUACAUUUUGAAAUAUGGCAACCCUACCAAGGAGGAGGAAGUCUAAAAGAAACAGGAAGUGGGGCAGAGUAGGAAGUGGGCUGAAAAACCUGGUGAAGACAUGGGACUGAAGGUGUGCCAAGCGGUUGCUGAACAGCUUGGUAGGUUUCUGGAAGAAACAUCGGCUCUGGAUCCAUUCCAGUCCGGCUUCCGCACUGGUCAUGGGACCGAGACGGCUCUGGUCGCCCUAACAGAUGAUCUCCGCAGGCAGCUGGAUCGAAGCGGGUCGGGGCUGCUGAUUCUUCUAGACCCGUCAGCAGCCUUUGACAUGGUUGAUCAAGAACUCCUGGACCACCGCCUUGCCGACAUGGGGAUCCAGGGCACAGUCCUUCAAUGGCUGCGCUCGUUUCUCUCUGGUCGGGGACAGAGGGUGGCGCUUGGGGGGGAAUUGUCAUCCCGCCACUCCCUGGUGUGUGGAGUGCCCCAGGGUGCGAUACUCUCCCCGAUGCUUUUUAACAUCUUUAUGAGCCCCUCGCCCAGCUUGUCCGGAGUUUUGGGCUGGGCUGCCAUCAGUAUGCUGAUGACACCCAACUCUAUCUGUUGAUGGAUGGCCAUCCUGACUCGGCCCCAGACACACUGAUCAGAUGCUUGGAAGCUGUGGCUGGAUGGUUACGUGGGAAGUUAAAUCCUUUGAAGACAGAGGUCCUGUGGCUGGGACGGGACGAUAUGGGAUUGGGGGGGCAACUCCCAUCUCUUGAGGGGGCGCAAUUAGUGCCAGCACCGUCCGUUAAGAGUUUGGGUGUAAUCUUCGAUACCUCCCUCUCUAUGGAGGCGCAGAUUGCAGCUAUAACAAAGGUGGCAUUUUUCCAUCUCCGCCAAGCUAAGCAGUUGGCUCCUUACUUCUCUCGCCCUGACCUAGCCACUGUGAUCCACGCGACGGUCACCUCCAGACUGGAUUAUUGUAACUCGCUCUACGUGGGGCUGCCCUUGAGACUGACCCAGAAACUCCAGCGGGUGCGGAAUGCCGCAGCGAGACUCCUUACGGGGUCUUCGCUGCGAGAUCACAUUCAUCCGGUGCUAUACCAGCUGCACUGGCUCCCGGUGGAGUACAGGAUCAGGUUUAAGGUGCUGGUUUUAACCUUCAAAGCCCUAUACGGCCUAGGACCCUCGUACCUAUGGGACCGCCUCUCCUGGUAAGCCCCACAGAGGAACUUACGGUCUGCAAAUAAAAACAUCUUGAAGGUCCCAGGCCUCAGAGAGGUUAGGCUGGCCUCAACUAGAGCCAGGGUUUUCUCGGCUGCGGCUCCAAUCUGGUGGGACGCUCUGUCACAAGAGACUAGGGCCCUGCAGGACUUGACAUCUUUCUGCAGGGCCUGCAAGACAGAGCUGUUCCACCAGGCCUUUGGUCAGGGCGCAGCCUGACUCCCUCCUUUGGCAAUCUUUACAAAACUUUAGUUUAUGGUUGCCAUCAAUUUUGACUUAAAUUAAUUUUUAUAAUGUUUUUAUAAUGUUGCACUAUUUUAGUGUUGUUAGC